CCUCUGACUUCUUUUCUUUCUUCCUUUUUUGUUUUCUUUAUUUCCUUACCGUUCAUCUAUAUCGCAUUCAUUCAUUAUCCUCAUCCAGCAGUUCAUUGCAUCCAUCGCCAUCUCACUACUCUCCGCUACAUCAUGUCCGGCAUUGAAGACUACAAGAGCCAAAACAACCAUGUUAAUGUGGCGCCUGCCACCCCCAAAAUCAAUCCUGGUCCCCUGGGUCUGUGUGCAUUCGCCCUAACGACCUUUGUCCUUUCACUCUUUAACUUGGGUGCGGGCGUUCCGUCUGGUGGACCUGUUACUGUCGUCACCGGUCUCGCGAUGUUCUAUGGAGGCAUUACCCAGAUCCUUGCUGGAAUGUGGGAGUUCAAGGUCGGCAACAACUUUGGUGCAACUGCCUUCACAUCCUACGGCGCCUUCUGGCUCUCGUACGCCGCGAUCCUGAUCCCCGGAUUCGGGGUCGUUUCCGCCUACGCAAACACCCCAGACCAUACCCUCGACAACGCCCUGGGCAUCUUCUUGUUCGCCUGGGGGAUCUUCACCUUCAUCAUGUGGAUCGCCACCGUGCGCUCGACCAUGACCCUCUCCUCCAUGUUCUUCAUCCUCACCAUCACCUUCUUUGUUCUCUCCUCCGCUCACCUCUCACACCUGUCUGCCGGCAACAUGGUGACCAAGUUCGGAGGCGCCCUGGGAGUCAUCACCGCUCUCUUGGCCUGGUAUAAUGCUGCAGCGGGACUGUAUGAUGCGAGCAACACCUUUGUCAAGUUACCCACCGGAUCCUUGGCCCAAUUAAAGUCGCAGUAAACGACUGUUAGAGCACGAAAAAGAAAAAGAGAAAAAAAAAGAUACCAGGAAGUAGGAUGGAUGAGCGUUCAGAUAUCACGAACGAUGAACGAUCGAGUUAGGGCUGCUCAAUAGAAAGCCCUUCAGGCAUUGAUUGCCCUCAAUAGAAACAGUGCGAGAACAAAAUGGCUCGCAAAGAGUGCAAACAAUAGUAAUAGUAGUAAUAAUAAUAAAAAAAACUAUACACAAG